AUGGCCGAUUUUGCAGCCCGAAGACGCGAGAACAUUGAGAAUAAUGCACUUCUUCUCAAGGACAUCAAGCCUAUAAUACCAAAGACUGAAAAUUCACUGCCAAAAGCCAAGAGCAGUAACAAAAACAAUAAACGAAAAGCAGAAACACCGCGCGCCCCUACGCGACAGUCAAGGCGCAUAGCAGAGGCUGUAUCAAAACCAGUAUAUGAUGACGACAAUGACGAUCAAGUCAGUGUUUCCUCGUCGCGAAGAGGUGCUCCCCGUGUGAAGAAAGCUUCAAAACCUCAACAAGCCCUUUCGGCAUCGGAUUCAGAAACUGAGUCGAGUAAAGAGCCUUCCAAGGACGUCGAGGCUAUAAUAGCCGGGUGGACAGCAUGGGAGCCCGAGGGUGACGAUCCUGUUCGUGACGUCAACGGAACAAUUCGCUUUGAGUCACACCCCGACUUUCGACCGAAUAAAUCGCCCGAGGAAAUCAUUCGCGAAGGAAGCUUUGGCGGAUCAUACUGGAGGCCAUUACGCUCAAAGCGCUUGGGCAUCACGGUACAAGACGACUGGAGAGAGCUUCCAGCCUCAUGGACAACCGGUCUAGACGUGGAUACGUAUCUCACCAGCACCACAUACGACCCCGAGAUUAACAAAUAUGGCGUCCAGUGCGGACAAAGUAUUGAAGAGUGGGAGGCAGCUGGAUGGAUAGCCCAUGAGUACGAUGUUCGUGGUUGGUUCCAGUGGUACUGUCGCUUUUGGAUGGGCCGUCGCUGCGCUGAUGACGAGCGGCAAAUAAGUCGCUGGAAGAAAUGUGUCGGAGAAACUGGGCGCUGGAGGAGAAUAUUGCUUAAGAAAUAUGUGGCUCUUGGGAUACGGAGUGUGUUUGCUGAUGAUGGGGAGGACGAAGACGCGCCGGAUGUCAGUCCUGUGGUGCACCAGACAUGUCACCAUUGGGCAUAUGAGGUUCGGCAGGAUGCAUUAGAUCGAUUCUGGACGGAUGGAAAAUAA